GGAAUAAUAUUUGAAAUAGUAAUUAAAGAAAAGAAUUCCAAAGAUGAAAUGGCACAAAAAAUAAUUGCAUCAAAAACUGGUGAAAAGACUCCCAAAGAUAAGGAAAUCAAUAUCUCUUCCUGGUACCAGUACGACACAAUACAAAGGACUUCUGAAGUGAAUGAUGAAAUUUGGACUUUCAGUGAUAUGAAAAAUGCACUCCCUUCCACUUGCCAGUAUAAAAUAAAAUCUGCAGCAAACGCAAACACUGGAGAAAAGUUUAUCAUUCCACAACAAAUAUCUGCAGUAAACAUUGGAGAUUGGAAUACUGAAGGUUGUGAAAAUACUGAAGAUUUGUCCAACACGGAACAAAAAAAAAUACUUACAGCAAACAUCAGAGAUUGGGCACCCCUUUGGAUGAAUGAUUUUCGCCAGGUAGAAAGGAUGAAGAAAUCAACUGAAAAAAUGAUCCGUAUCGUCAGAUACUUGGUCAAUAAAAAAGGAUACAUUAUCAUGGGAAAUUGGGUAUGUAAAGAAAAGUCGGAAGAUGAAAGAAUAUCGUCAUAUUGUGAAAAUAAGUGGCAAGAAUUAUUGGGCCGGGAAUCACUUAUAAAGUAUCUAGAAAGUAAAAAGGGUCUAGUAGAGCAGCGCGAAUUUUUCAGAAAAGAAUGCAAUAAAUGCCAUAAAAGGAAGACAAUCACGAGUUUCUGCCUGUACACAUCAGUGAUGGAUGUGAAAGAAAAUCAGGAAAGUCCCACUGUCGAGAUUAUCUGCCAUCUUGCAUGGAACAAACAUUACAGAGUGUUUGGCAAUUGGAAAUGUUUGAAUUGUGAAAAGAAAUGG